ACUAUGGGUGUCAUCACUGUCACCUGCAAGGGAUUAGAGAAUUAUUAGUCAACCUGUUUCUAUGCGCACUGGAACCGAGUGUGGCACAGAGAUCCAACACAACAGCGCGUGGAAAUCAAUUAUUUUGCGUAAAUGUCAAAAAUAAUCAUAACCAUGUAAAUCUGGAGCUGCGUCUCAUUCAUGGAAGUAUUUGACAGCAGUUAUUUAAAAUGGAAUCUUCCAAUAACAUACCGUUUAUCUUGUGUAUUUGUUGAUUAAUUUUGAGGGAGGCGUUUAAGGGCGUAUCAGUUAGUUUGUUUAUUCAUUUAAACAUGCAAACACAGACUUAUUGUGUGACAGUUUCUGGAUGCUCAUCCUUCCGCCAUCAGAGUUUCUCCCGUUUACGCAUGGCUCAGUGUUUCCGUGAAGAACUAUAAUACAUGUGGGGUUUUUUUUUAUAUAUAUAUCCCAAACUUUUGCGUAGAACGCUUGCGUACGCCUUCUUUCUUUUGUGCGUACGCAAGCUUGACUUGAGUGUAAGUGAGGCCUGCAGGAACUAAACUGCAGGAGCUUCAGACACUGAACCGCUCCCUCCGCUCCGUGUGUUUGAGUCGAAGACAGACCGAAGACGAUUCGUUAACAACCGACUGUCCUCGGUGUGGCUCAACCUCUGUGAGUCUCCAGGAACAUUUUAAUUCAUCUGGGGAAAACAUUUAAGAGGAACGACUUUUGUCUCCAGCAGAUCACGCAGUUGCCUUCACUUUACCUCACACGAGGAAUCAGUCGACUGACGUUGGAUGCCUGUGUUUUUCACAAAUGAGCAGAUUUGUUCAGAGGAUGAAGGGUGUUUGGAAGUGUGUGCGUUUCCUUCCAGUUGUGCUGUGUGUUCUUUACUUUGUUUCUCCGUCUUUGAAAUACUUUGUGAAGUAUAUUCAUAUGGAGAGAUGCUCUCUGAAGAGUGCAAAGGAUCUGAUUCUGGACAACAGAGUUGAUGCCAGUCUUGACCUUGUGAGCAGGGAUGAUGUGCAAACGUGCACAUACUGGAGAGCUCCGAUCAUCUGGGAGGGAAUGUUUGAUCCUGAGAUUUACGACGAGACGCACAAGAAGAAAGGCUCCUCUGUGGCUCUGGUGGUGUUUGCUGUAGGCAGGUACCUGGAUGCUUACCUCAACACCUUCCUGAACUCGUCGGAGCGUUACUUCAUGUUGGACUUGCCGGUGACGUACUACGUGUUCACAGACCGGCCGGCGAAGGUGCCACCACUGAAGCUUCCUCCUCACCGAAGCAUGAAGGUGAUGAAAGUGGAGAAGCAUGCCAGGUGGCAGGAUAUCUCCAUGAUGCGGAUGAAGACCAUUUCAGACGCCAUAGAGACGGACAUUAAGCAUCGCUGCACGUAUGUCUUCUGCUUCGAUGUGGACCAGGAGUUUACUGGGAGGUUUGGUUCGGAGGCGCUGGGAGACUCCGUGGCUCUGCUCCAUACCUACUUCUUCAACCUGCCAAAGAUGUUGUACACCUAUGACCACAACCCAAAGUCCAAAGCUUACAUGGAAACUGGGGAUCUCUACUACCACGCUGCUGUCUUUGGAGGCACGUGGGAAAGUGUCAAAGCGCUGGUGGACGCCUGCCACCAGGGCAUCAUGGAGGACAAGCGCAACCGCGUGGAGGCUCUGUGGCACGACGAGAGUCACCUGAACAAGUACCUGUGGAUCCACAAACCCAGCCGAGUGCUCUCCCCCGAGUACUGCUGGGACCCACUGAGCGGCAAAAACAGCGUAGUUCAAGUCCAGCGACUGGUGUGGGCGCCCAAACAGUAUAAGAAACUACGCGCACCUUAGACUGAUUGGGUUGGCAUUGUUGCCUGACAGCAAGAAGGUCACCGGUUCGAAUCCCAGUUUUCCACACCAGGACAUUGGACACUCUAAAUCAGUGGUCUCAAAGUGGCGGCCCCCAGGGGGACCACAUGUGGCCUUCCAAACAAUAUCAAGUUGUAUGGAGUUAUUUCUGUAUUUUUUUUUUUUUGUUUUUUUUAAUUUAUAGAUUAAAUAGAUUAAUUUUUUUUUUAUUGUGAAUAUUGUUGCAUAUUAAAGCAAGCACUUUUAUUUUGAAAUGAUCCAAUUCAAUCCAACUUUAUUUGUGAAGCACUUUAAAACAAACACAGUGGAUAAAAUAAUGGAUAAAAGACAGAAAUGCUCACACCAGGCACACAAGUACAUAUAAAAAAGGAAUCAAUACGGCAUAUUGAUAUAUCAUUUUGAGCUCAUAUUGUCUGCCACAACUGUUGCUUUUCCCAAAAAAGUUGGGCUUUUUUUUUUUUUUACUUUUACUUGACUGACCAGACAAGACACUCCGUGGCCCUCAGGUCAUUUGAGUUUGAGACCCCUGCUCUAAAUUGACUGCAGGUGUGAGUAUGAGAUCGAUUGGUGCGUUUGCCCUUUGGUGUAACCCACCUUUCGCCCUAUGUCAGCUGGAAUUGACUCCAACCCCGCCACGGCUCUCGUGUGGAGGAGAAAGUGGUAGACGAUGAGUGAGUUAAUGCACUGUGUGGCUCAUUUUUGUUUUCCUCUGUCAUUUGCAUUUAGAGUCCGAUCGUCUUUCUCAGAUGAUUGUUUUCCCUGUUUGGGUCAAAUCUUGUACCACACACACACACACGUGCUGAAACCCUUGAAACGCAGUAUAUUUGAUGACUAAAUAUAUUAAAAGUGUGUGAAGAGUUUUGCUCUUCAAGGUGUGUAGAGCUCGAGGACAAAUCUUAAGAAUCUAUGCUAUAAUUAACAAAGUACAUACACUUCCCCAUACUGAUAAUUGAGAUCAGACUUCAUUAAAUGCACCUUUGCAGCUGCCAAUUUCCUUGCCCGCCUUUCAAAGAAUACAAAAGCGCUCGAGGGUUUUUCGAGAUGCUUGUCGGUUUGUCUUUGUUGCGCGAGUGUGUUUGUUUGAUACAUUGAAAUGAAAGAAUUGUGUAAUAGGUCUCUGAUUUACCUGUACAAAGAAUAAAAGGACUGAAUAACAA